UAACUGAUGUUAUGGUAUUGUAGGGCACCAAGUUAUGGAUCAUCAUGGAGUACCUGGGAGGGGGCUCUGCCCUGGACCUAAUGAAGGCUGGCAGUUUCGAGGAGAUGCAUAUCGCCAUUAUCCUUCGAGAAGUGCUGAAGGGGUUGGACUAUCUUCACAGUGAGCGUAAACUCCAUCGUGAUAUCAAAGCGGCGAAUGUGUUGCUGAGUGAGAUGGGUGAUGUGAAGCUAGCGGACUUUGGAGUAGCGGGACAGCUGACCAACACCACCAGCAAGCGGAACACCUUCGUUGGCACCCCUUUCUGGAUGGCCCCUGAGGUCAUUAAACAAUCGGCUUACGACUCGAAGGCUGACAUUUGGUCACUGGGUAUCACAGCCAUAGAACUGGCCAAGGGAGAACCCCCCAACUCGGAGCUGCACCCCAUGAGGGUCUUGUUCCUCAUCCCCAAGAAUAAUCCCCCCCAGCUCACCGGCAACUACACCAAGCAGUUCAAGGAGUUUGUGGAGGCAUGUCUGAACAAGGACCCCGAGAAUAGGCCGACAGCUAAAGAAUUGCUCAAGUUCCCAUUCAUUAGGAAAGCAAAGAAGAACUCGUAUCUAAUCGACCUUAUAGACAGGUACAAGAAGUGGAAGUCCCAGCGGAGUGAGGAGAGUGAGACGGAAAUCCGAGAACUCUGACUCGUGAGUACAAUACUGUUGUAUU